UGCGGCCACCCAGCUGUUUUGUACACCGGCUGUAAAUAAAUCGUGGAAUUUCCAAAGCAGAUUUGUUUAUUUACAAAACCAAAUACUUACAACGCCUAAUGGUAGUCAUAAACUAGGGUUGUGGUUAAGACGAGACUUCUCAAGGCAUUGCACAUACCACCGGAGAAGGAAGAACCAGUAAACCCGCUGGAAAAGGAGGGCGGAGUGACUGCGGUGGAGCUGCGGAGUACGUGGCAAUGAAACAGAAACCGUGGUCGUUAAAUUGAGCGUGCAAUUCGACAGCCAGAAGCUUUCCCAACCGCCCACCAAGAUGACGGCCACGUUGCGUUAUCGCGGCGACAAAAGCAAUCUCCUGGAGUUCGCCAAGAACCUGGAUGCGUUCAAAAAAGUGCCGGAAAAGUACACGGAGACCACGGAAAUCGGGGGAACACUCUCCCUGCUCAGCCGCCUUUUGAUAGUUUAUCUGGUGUACACCGAACUGCAUUACUACUGGCACGAAACGGACAUUUACUAUCAAUUCCAGCCGGACAUUGCUCUGGACGAGCAGGUGCAGAUGCACGUGGACAUCACGGUGGCCAUGCCGUGCGCCUCCCUAUCCGGCGUCGACCUCAUGGAUGAAACGCAGCAGGAUGUCUUCGCCUACGGAACUCUGCAGCGCGAGGGCGUCUGGUGGGAGAUGUCCGACCAGGAUCGGCUGCAGUUCCAGGCCAUCCAGAUCCAAAACCACUAUCUGCGCGAGGAGUUCCACUCGCUGGCCGACGUCCUGUUCAAGGACAUCAUGCGAGACCCGCACCCGGCGCGCGAGAACCCCUCGCAGGUCCCCGCUGCUCCGCCGCCAGGAGCUCUGAUGGACAUCCAGCUGCCCAACGGCCAGCACAACGCCGCCCUGCCGGAGAACAAGUUCGAUGCGUGCCGCCUGCACGGCACUCUGGGCAUCAACAAGGUGGCCGGAGUGCUCCACCUCGUGGGCGGGGCUCAGCCGGUGGUGGGUCUCUUCCAGGAUCACUGGAUGAUCGAGCUGCGCCGCAUGCCGGCGAACUUCACGCACCGCAUCAACCGGCUCAGCUUCGGGCAGUACUCGAGGCGGAUCGUGCAGCCGCUGGAGGGCGACGAGACGGUCAUCCACGAGGAGGCCACCACUGUGCAAUACUUCCUGAAGGUGGUGCCCACGGAGAUCCGCCAGACAUUCAGCACCAUCAACACGUUCCAGUACUCCGUCACCGAGAAUGUGCGGAAGCUAGAUUCCGAACGCAACUCGUACGGCUCCCCCGGCAUCUACUUCAAGUACGACUGGUCGGCGCUCAAGAUUGUGGUGGACAACGACCGCGACCACCUGGUCACCUUCGCCAUCCGUCUGUGCUCCAUUAUAUCCGGGAUCAUUGUCAUCUCGGGCGGCAUUAAUGCCCUGCUUCUGGGCAUCCAGCGUCGCCUGCUGCGCGCCCUGGCUCCGGAGUUGUACCAUCGGCUAAACGCCACCAAGCCUGCUCCAACGUCUGUGGCUGCUCCGUCGACCUCCGUUCCCUCGCAGGCUGCCACUGCGCCGCCUGUCAACGAGUUGCUGCACACGGCCAACCUGAUGGCCAGCGUCGACAUCUCGGCCUACCUGCCCACGGCGCCCACGAAGCUGAAAGCCAGCCUCUAGCUGGCUGCCAGCGAAUCUCAGUCUGCAAUGCGCUAACCGAAGCUUCCCCGUCGCUUUAAACUAAUUUUUUAUUCUUUCAUUAAGAUACGAGAAAAAAAAGCACACACAAAUAUGGCAAGAAUGUUGUACAUAAAUAUUGAUAAGUCCAA